CGCCGCCGCCCGGGUGCGGCCCGCCCCCCGCCGCCGCUGAGCCUGGCCCGCGGUCGCGGCCUCCCCCGGCGGCGCCGCCCGCCCCGGGCUGCCGCAGCGAGAUGGAGACGGCUGAGAAGGAGUGCGGAGCCCUCGGCGGCCUCUUCCAAGCCAUCAUCAAUGACAUGAAGAGCUCCUACCCCAUCUGGGAGGACUUCAAUUCGAAGGCCACCAAGCUGCACUCCCAGCUCAGGACCACAGUGCUGGCCGCAGUUGCCUUCCUGGAUGCCUUCCAGAAAGUGGCUGACAUGGCCACCAACACCCGAGGUGCCACGAGGGACAUUGGCUCCGCGCUGACCCGCAUGUGCAUGCGGCACCGCAGCAUCGAGGCCAAGCUCCGGCAGUUCACCAACGCCCUCAUGGAGAGCCUGAUAAACCCAUUGCAGGACAGGAUUGAGGACUGGAAGAAAACUGCCAACCAGCUGGACAAGGACCACGCGAAAGAAUACAAGCGAGCCCGCCACGAGAUCAAGAAGAAAUCCUCCGACACCCUCAAGCUCCAGAAAAAGGCUCGCAAAGAGCUACUUGGGAAGGGGGACCUGCAGCCCCAGCUGGACAACGCGCUGCAGGAUGUCAAUGACAUGUACCUGCUAUUGGAGGAGACAGAGAAGCAGGCGGUGCGCAAAGCCCUCAUUGAGGAGCGGGGUCGCUUCUGCACCUUCAUCACCUUGCUGCAGCCUGUGGUGAAUGGGGAGCUCACCAUGCUGGGAGAGAUCACCCAUCUGCAGGGUAUCAUUGAGGACCUGGUGGUGCUCACCGCCGAGCCCCACAAGCUGCCCCCUGCCAGCGAGCAGGUGAUCAAGGACUUGAAGGGCUCUGACUACAGCUGGUCCUACCAGACCCCCCCAUCCUCACCCAGCAGCUCCAGCUCCCGCAAGUCCAGCAUGUGCAGCGUUAGCAGUGCUAAGGGUGGCGUGGCAUGGCCCGGUGGGGCUCAGACCUGCUCACCCAGUUCCACCUAUCGCUACCGCAGCCUGGCGCAGCCGCCCACAGCCACCACCCGCCUCUCCAGCGUCUCCUCCCACGACUCUGGCUUCAUCUCCCAGGAUGCUGCUUACUCCAAACCACCUUCCCCCAUGCCCUCAGACAUCACCAGCCAGAAGUCCUCCAGUUCAGCAUCCUCAGAGGCCUCUGAAACCUGCCAGUCAGUCAGCGAGUGCAGCUCUCCCACCUCGGACUGGUCCAAGGCUAGCCCCUAUGACCAGCCGGUGGUCCCAACGCUACAGCGGCGCAAGGACCGCGUGGAGCACCUGCGGGAAGCCGAGAUGGGCUUACCCACCAGUGGGUACCCUGGCGUUGUUAGUGAGGAUGCUCCCAGACCCCGGAUGUCCCCAGCUACCAUUGCUGCCAAGCAUGGGGAGGAGGUGUCCCCUGCUGCAAGUGACCUGGCCAUGGUCUUGACACGGGGGUUGAGCCUGGAGCACCAGAAGAGCAGCCGGGACUCGCUGCAGUACUCCAGUGGCUACAGCACACAGACCACAACCCCGUCCUGCUCUGAAGACACCAUCCCUUCCCAAGGCUCUGACUACGACUGCUACUCAGUGAACGGCGAUGUGGAGUGUGAUCCCCAGAGCGACUUUGACAAAUCCUCCACCAUCCCUCGCAACAGCAACAUCGCCCAGAACUAUCGGCGGAUGAUCCAGACCAAGCGUCCUGCCUCCACUGCCGUGCCCAGCGGCACCAACCUCCCAGCCGGCACCACCCCAGGGGUGGCCACCAUCCGCCGCACACCCUCCACCAAACCCUCUGUCCGGCGUACCCUCUCCAACGCUGGCCCCAUCCCCAUUCGACCCCCUAUUGUCCCUGUGAAGACCCCCAUGGUGCCCGACUCCCCUGGCUACACCGGCCCCACACGCACGGGUGGCAGCGAAGAGUGCGUCUUCUACACCAAUGACCCCUCGCUGAACCCCCUGGAUUUUGCCAAAGCAUCACAGAGGCUGAGCCUUCCCAACACCGCCUGGGGCGGUGGGGCCAUGGAGAUCUCUGUCUACCCCGGGGCUGGCCAGCACCUCUCUGCUGAGGAAGAGGAGGACCAACAGUUGGCUGCCAACCGGCACAGCUUGGUGGAGAAGAUUGGCGAGCUGGUGGCUGGUGCACAUGCCCUGGGUGAAGGCCAGUUCCCCUUCCCCACUGCCCUCGCAGGGUCCGGCCCCAGCGAGGAGACCCCUGCACCGCCCCCAGCAGCCUCCAUGGACCCCCCGGCUGAAGACAUGCUGGUCGCCAUCCGGCGCGGGGUCCGUCUUCGCAGGACCAUCACCAACGACCGGUCAGCCCCACGGAUAUCGUGAUGAUGUGCCCACAGAGGCCGAUGGACCCCCCUGGGGCACCCGCUGUGCCUCCCGGGACACCCCCAUUGGCACCUGCUGCCCCUCCUCACCGCCCUGCUUCCUGCUCCUCUGUCUCUUCCUUCCUUCCCCUCAGCCCUUUCCUUUCUUUGCAUUUUCCUUUGCUUGUUCACUCUUGGG